GCGAGGAGAUUUGCAACCUGCUGGGAGCACUGAGACAGCAUGAUACCUAACAAGAAAAUUCCCUAUCCAAAAGGUCACAUCUACCUAGGAAACAAUGAAAACACCAAAUUGCAACAUGAAUUUAUUAGAAGUUACUAAUAAAGGAAAUACUGAGGGGGUUAAGAAUGAAAUUUUGCUGAGUUAAUGGCAACGUGAACUGAAGUUCACUGAGGCUGCCAAUGAUCUGAGCGUGAGCCUGGCGUGUGCCGCAGGGGUGGAUCAGAACACAGAGGACAAGGUAAGGGUUUGGUGUUUGGAGGUCCUGGUCCCAUCCAGCCUUUCCAAAUUAAAUUACAAUGUCAUGUAAAAAUCUCCAAAUAAAACUACUGCAAUGUUUUCCCUGCUUGGGAAUUGAACAUUUUCCAUCACCACCCCGAGAUGUCAACGCGAAGCAACCAAGAUGGGAGAAUUCAGAAUUCCAGCAGGAAAGCAGAAUCCGAGCGCCGGGCAGGCAGGACUCUGGGAAGCAGUGACGUGAGGGUCCCCAUGGCCUCUGUCCCUGCUGACCCAGUUCUGCCGUGAUUUAUGUGGGCUCGCAGCUGCCCUCGCUCCGACCCCAGAGGAGCUGUGUGGGAAGCUGGUGUCUCGGCCGCGGCGUGGCUCUGCCGAGUGUCUGGAGCCCGGGCUGUGCACACAAACUGAUAAAUAGGAAAGGCCUGCUGGGCUGCAGCUGCAGCGGAGCUGGGAGCGCGCCGCAGCCCCGCCGGACAGGAGCUCCCGCAGCCUCCGUUGCUGUUUAAAGGCUGUUCUCACAGCAGAGUGGAUGAAGCAGUGCAGCUGGGAGCAGAGCAUGGCCAACACGUUUGUCACCGUCCCUGACGGGUACGGCCUUCCCGAACCCAUCCAGUACUACGAUGUUCUACCAGAGCACAUCAACUACCAGCUGCAGGACCCGGAUUUCCAGGCUGCCCCGUACUGCCAGUACUCAGCCAGUGCCAGUGCCAGUGCCGCGCUGCAGCCCCAGCCUGCCCCGGCCCCGUACGGCUCCUACAGCCUGGACGCCCCGUACGGCGACGGGCCCUGCGUGGGCAGCAGCUGCGAGCUCAGCAAGGGCCCCUUCCCGGCUCCCCAGGGCGAGGACGGGGGGUACCAGGGGCUCAAGAGGCCCCGCUUAAACCACUCGGUGAGGCUGAAGGGGCAGGAGGAGCUGUGCGUGGUGUGCGGGGACAAGGCCUCGGGCUACCACUACAACGCUCUGACCUGCGAGGGCUGCAAAGGCUUCUUCCGGCGCAGCAUCACCAAGAACGCGGUGUACCGCUGCAAGAGCGGCGGGCACUGCGAGAUGGACAUGUACAUGAGGAGGAAGUGCCAGGAGUGCCGCCUCAAGAAGUGCAGAGCUGUGGGAAUGCUGGCAGAAUGUUUGCUGACUGAAGUCCAGUGCAAGUCAAAGCGGCUCAGGAAGAAUUUCAAGCAGAAGAGCAGUUUCCUUUGCAACAUAAAGCUGGAAGAUGAGGGACUGAAUAGUAAGCAAGUAUCAUCUACAACAAGAUCUGGAAAAAUCCCAGAGAAGAUGGAGCUCACUCCAGGAGAACACCAGCUUCUUGACCACAUUGUAGCAGCACAUCAGAAAUACACAAUUCCCCUGGAGGAAGCCAAGAAGUUUCUACAGGAAACCGCAAGUGCUGAGGAAAGUUUCCUCCACCUGUCUGAGACAGCUGUUGUCCAUGUCCAGGUGUUGGUGGAUUUCACAAAAAGACUCCCCGGAUUUGAGAGUUUAGCCAGUGAGGACCAGAUUGCUCUGCUGAAAGGGUCCACAGUGGAGGCAAUGUUUUUGAGAUCAGCCCAAAUUUACAACCAAAGAAUGAGCGAGUGCCAGCCAUCAACCAGUGAAAGUCAUGUAAGACUUUCUGAUCACAGGACAUGUUGUCAUGUUCAAAACCUUGAUAAAAGCAAUAUUUAUUCCAUGGAAAUGUGUCAUAACAAUGAGAGGCCAACUUCUACUACUACCACAGGCAUAACUGAGGAGUUCAUCACCGCCCUGUUCUACUUCUACAGAACCAUGGGGGAACUCAAAGUGACCGAGACCGAAUACGCUCUGCUCGUAGCAACAACAGUGUUCUUUUCAGACCGCCCGCUGCUGAGGGACAAGCGCCACGUGGAGGAGCUGCAGGAGCCGCUGCUGGGGAUCCUGUACAAGCACUCGAAGCUGCAGCACCCGCGGGACCCGCAGCGCUUCGCGCGGCUGCUGGGCCGCCUCACGGAGCUGCGCUCGCUCCGCCACGCCCACGCGGGGGCGCUGCGCGCGCGGGACCCGCGCCUGGCCGCGCCGCUGCGCGACCUCUGGGACCUCCACUAGGCGGCGCCAACGCCGCCGGCCCGCGCGCCCCUUCCCGCCUCGGGUGCGCGCCGUCGUUUCCCGCCCUUUUCGCCCUCCCUCAGCGGCCGCCGUGAGGCGCCGGUGCCGCUGUGGCUGCC